AUGGGAGCCGCCCGCCUGCUGCCCAACCUCACGCUGUGCCUGCAGAUGCUGAUUCUCUGCUGUCAAACUCAGGGGGAGAAUCACCCGUCUCCUAAUUUUAACCAGUACGUGAGGGACCAGGGUGCCAUGACAGACCAGCUGAGCCGGCGGCAGAUCCGCGAGUACCAGCUCUACAGCCGGACCAGCGGCAAGCACGUGCAGGUCACUGGGCGUCGCAUCUCCGCCACCGCUGAGGACGGCAACAAGUUUGCCAAGCUCAUAGUGGAGACAGACACCUUCGGAAGCCGGGUGCGCAUCAAGGGAGCUGAGAGCGAGAAAUACAUCUGUAUGAACAAGAGGGGCAAGCUCAUCGGGAAGCCCAGCGGGAAGAGCAAAGACUGCGUGUUCACAGAGAUCGUGCUGGAGAACAACUACACAGCCUUCCAGAAUGCACGGCACGAGGGCUGGUUUAUGGCCUUCACGCGGCAGGGCCGGCCCCGCCAGGCCUCCCGCAGCCGCCAGAACCAGCGAGAGGCUCACUUCAUCAAGCGCCUCUACCAGGGCCAGCUGCCCUUCCCCAACCAUGCCGAGAGGCAGAAGCAGUUCGAGUUUGUGGGCUCAGCCCCCACCCGCCGGACCAAGCGCACUCGGAGGCCACAGCCCCUGACAUAGUCAGGGACCCCUCCCCGGGGGGGGGCAGCCGCCCCUCACUCACGGGCCUUCCCAUCCCCUUCCCUUCCUAAUCCAAAGACGGGGCUGGGGUGGAGGCAGGGGAGCCAGAGCCCCCAAGGAGGAUGCUAAGGACCACCGAGCAUCAGAGCCCCCCCCCAAAGGCGGAGGACUGCCACUAGCCAGGGCUGGCUCCUCAGGGCCCCACCCUGGCGUGACCCCCUGGGGGCGGGGCAGGCCCCCCAGAAGGGGAAGGUAGAAUAACCCGAGGUCAGGCUCCCCUGAACCGAGUGGGAAAAGCCAGCGGAUUCACGGCUCUGCAGACACGGUCUGGAGUUGGCUCUCCUCGAACUCUGCUGCCCCUGUCUCCCUCAGUCUGCCCCCCAGCCUCCACAUUCCUCCUGGCCAGACUGUAGGAAGGGACUUUUGUUUUGGUUUCAGGAAAAAAAAGAGGGAGAAAAAAAAUAAAAAAGAGGGCCGGCCAUUCUUCACAUUCCACUACCCAGGCCUGCACCCUCUCCCCCAACUCCCAGCCCCGGAAUAAAACCA